AUGGAGAAUUUUACUGCCACAUUACCCUACUAUGAAGAUGAAUUUUACACAGAUGAUUUCAACUAUGAUGAAGAUGGUAUGAUAUGCAACAUGGAAAUUGUCAGAAGAUUUAUAAAAACCUUUUCAAUUGUAACCUAUACUAUAAUGUUUGCUUGGGGGCUUGUGGGAAACCUAUUAGUUGUUCUAACCUUUGGUUACUACAAGAGAACAAAGUCUAUGACAGACGUGUAUCUGUUAAACUUAGCUGUGGCUGAUAUACUUUUUAUUCUCACACUUCCUUUCUGGGCUGUGUAUAAGUAUAAAAAUGAAUGGAUAUUCAAGGACUUUAUGUGCAAGGUAGUUAGAAGUAUCUACAAAAUAAACUUCAACUGCAGUAUGUUGCUGUUGGCUUUUGUAGGUAUUGAUCGUUAUAUUGCUAUUGUGCAAGUGACCAGGUCAUUUAACUUCAGAGCCACAGCAAUAACGUACAAAAAAUGGAUAUGUCUGUUUGUGUGGGUCAUAACCAUAGCAAUUUCCGGCAUAACAUAUGCAUUCAAUGCAGCAUAUAAGCAUGACAAUCAGUGGGUUUGUGAAGCAAAUUACAUCAAUAAUUCAACGCCAGUAAGACUGAAAUUAGCAGUAUUAGCUGUCCAGGUUAGCAUAGGAUUUUUUAUUCCUUUCCUUAUAAUGUUAUUUUGCUACACAUUUAUAAUUAAAACAUUGUUACAAGCUCACAACUCGCAAAGACACAAGGCUAUACGUGUUGUUAUCGCAGUUGCCUCUGCUUUCCUUUUAUGCCAAGUUCCAUAUAACAUACUACUUUUGAUAGAAGCUGCAACACUAGGCAAAACGACGCCAUUUUGCUCGGAAAAAGUAAAUAUUGCAUAUGCCAUGUUUAUCACUGAGACACUAGCUUUCUUCCAUUGCUGCCUAAACCCAAUGAUCUAUGCCUUUGUUGGGGUUAAAUUUAGAAAUUCUUUUUUGAAAAUAAUACAAGAUUUGUUGCCUAGAAAACAUAAAUAUUUUCGAGGUAAUCGCAGUUCAAGAAUUUCAUCCGAUACUUACACUUGCAGGCAAACAAGUGAAGUCUAUACCAAAGAAAGUGGUUCAUCCUUUACAAUGUAAUGCAAGCACAAUUUUUGUAAAUCAAAAAGAA